CCGCCGCCUCUCGCCCGGUUCGUUCCAAUGUCUCAGUAAGCGGCGGAGAGCAGAGCGGGGGAAGCGGGCGGGAUUACAGCGGCAGCUGCGCUCCCCGGGAUGUGAGUGUGACCCCGAGUGAUGGGGGAGCGCCCCUAGUCUCCUCUCAUCCGCUGCUGCUGUGUCACCCGGCCCUCGCAAUGUCUGUGAAGGAGAAUCCGUGUAAGAAGUUCCAGGCCAAUAUCUUCAACAAGAGCAAAUGUCAGAACUGCUUCAAGCCCCGGGAGUCGCAUCUCCUGUCAGACGAGGACCUCAAUCAGGCCAAGCCCAUUUACGGAGGAUGGCUUCUUCUUGCGCCAGAGGGCACCGAUUUUGACAACCCAAUGCACAGAUCCCGGAAAUGGCAGCGGCGAUUCUUCAUCCUGUACGAGCACGGCCUGCUGCGCUACGCCCUGGACGAGAUGCCAACUACUCUACCACAGGGGACCAUCAACAUGAACCAGUGCACGGACGUCAUAGACGGGGAGAGCCGCACUGGACAGAAGUUCUCCUUGUGCAUCAUGACCCAGGAGGAACAUUUUAUCAGGGCAGAGAACAAAGAAAUAAUCAAUGGGUGGCUCGAAAUGUUAGCCGUUUACCCUAAGACCAACAAGCAGAAUCAAAAGAAGAAGAGGAAAGUGGAGCCCCCCACUCCACAGGAACCUGGACCAGCCAAAAUGGCGGCAACCAGCACAGGGAUACCCAAUGCAGAAAAGGUUCCUGCCACCAAAUCCACUCUCUGGCAAGAGGAAGCGAAGAACAGGAAUGGACAGGAGAGUGGCAGCAACAGUCCCAUCCAGAGUCCGGUCCACAUGCCUUCUUCCCCAAGUGAGCCUGCACCAGACAGCAAAGUCGAUGGAGGCUUGGUUAAUGGAGACCGAGUUGACGGCGGACGCAAGACUCGAGUGGAAAGCGGCUAUUUCUCACUAGAGAAGACUAAAGACUUUAAAUCUGAAGAACAGCUGUUACAGAGCCCACCUUCACCUUCCACCCCCGAUGCGCCCAGCAGGUAUAGUGUCCACAGUGCAUUCAACCAGGAGCAAGGUCCCUUUUCUCCCCCAGGUAACGGGCACUGCCUGUCGCCGGAACCUCAUGUCAAUCAUGGAACACCAACUGCCCUUCAUGUUGCCAACCGGGAGUAUGUCAUCCUGGCUGAUGUACCCCGAGCACGCAGGAUCAGUCACAGGGAGGUUUUCCAGGUAGAGAAGAAGCGACUGGAACAGAAAACUAGGGCCCGGAGCCCAGGCAGGGAAGAAGUGGCACGGCUAUUUGGACUGCGGAGAAGGCGUUCUCUGGUCAUUGAGAAGUUUGAAGCUUUGGACAUCGAGAAGGCAGAACACAUGGAGACCAGCUGUUCCACCGCCCCCAGCAGCGAGGCCCGGCAGGGCCGCAGUGAGAAGCGCACCUUCCCAAGGAAAAGAGACGAGACAGGGGGGACCUCUAUUCCUGAUGUGUCGGCUUCUCAUGUUUCACCAUACCGAAGGGCCAAGUCCCUGGAUCGUCGAUCCACAGAAUCCUCCAUGACGCCGGACCUAUUGAACUUCAAGAAGGGUUGGUUGACCAAGCAGUAUCAGGAUGGGCAGUGGAAGAAGCACUGGUUUGUGCUGACUGACCAGAACCUGAGAUAUUAUAGAGAUUCUGUGGCAGAAGAGGCUGCUGACUUGGAUGGGGAAAUUGAUCUGUCCACCUGUUAUGAUGUCACUGAGUACCCGGUCCAGAGAAAUUAUGGGUUCCAGAUUCAUACAAAAGAAGGGGAGUUCACUCUUUCUGCGAUGACCUCGGGAAUUCGGCGGAACUGGAUGCAGACCAUCAUGAAACAUGUGCGACCCAACACUGCCCCUGAUGUCACCAGCUCGUUGCCCGAGGAGAAGAGUAAAACAGCAUCUUCGUUUGUCUCCAGUUCCAUCCAAAGUGAAAAGCAGGAUUCGGAGCACUCGGACGCAGAUGGAGAGCAGAAGAGGAGCCGGGCACGGGAGAGAAGAAGAGAAGGGCGUUCCAAGACCUUUGACUGGGCAGAGUUCCGACCCAUUCAACAAGCACUGGCUCAAGAACGAGCUCAAGCAGCUGAGGUGACAAAGUCGGUUUCUUGUUAUGACACCACUGACUCCAAGAAUGAUCUUGGGGAGCUGGAGAGGGAACGAAUACGGCGGAGAGAAGAACGCAGGAAAAGGUUUGAGAGCUCGGACUCUGUGGAGGAGUCUACGGGUGAAGAAUCCUCACGUAUGGAGGUAGAUAAAGGACCGGCGUCUUCUGAUUCCAUUGACAUUAGGCCAAAUGUUCAAGUGGAAAUUGAGCAGCGCUGGCAACAAGUAGAAACCACUCCAUUAAGGGAAGAAAAACAAAUACCCAUUGCUCCAUUGCCUUUAUCCAGUGCCUCCCCCAAACGCACCACUGAAGAUAUUACAGUACUCUUGGAAAAGCAGCUGGAGCAGAGUCAGAAAGAAGUGUCUGAUCUUCUGGCCGAAAACCUAGUGCUGCAACAGAGACUCAAGAUGGCCUUGGAACAACAACAAAAUGCGAGAGAUGGAUAUGUGUUACAGACUGAAUUGGCAGAUCCAUCUUCGGAUGCUUGGCAGAGACUCCAUAAAGUCAAUGAAGACCUUCAGAACGAGCUAGAGGCGCAGCGUAAGCGUCAGGAAAUGCUCAACCAUCAACUGCAGAGUAUCAAACACAGUUAUGGAGAAGCCAAGGAUAUCAUCAGACAUCACGAGGCUGAGAUUCUGAAUCUUCAAGCCCGUCUUAGCAGUGCAUCCGCCGAGCUUUCCAUUAAGGAGCAAGCUCUGACCAAACUAAAAGGAGACCUUAAGUUUGAAAAGGAAAAGGCUCAUGAAAUGCUGGAAGAAUGGAAAAACAGUGAGGUGGCACUAAGCUCCCAGCUUAAGGUCAGCCAGCAGAAGCUGAAAGAAGUAGAAGCUUUGCUUUUGGAGAAAAGGCAGGAAAUGCGUGAGCUUGAAAUGCAACAAGCUCUGCAGAAGGACUAUCAAAAGGAAGCACAAAGGUUGCAAGACAAGCUUGCAAGUCUGCAGGCUCAGCUGGAUGCAAGUGAACAAGCGCAAAGACUGAUAGAAGAGAGACUUCAGAUGAAUUAUGAGGAAUUGUUAGACCGCUCGGAAAAGGAGAAACAACUAUUAAUCCUCAACUUGAAAGAAACAGAAGCCCGUCUUGUAGAAUAUGAAGAUAAACUGCAAGAAAAAGACCAGGUGAUGGAGGUAUUACAGAAAGAGAAGCUCAAUGAUGGUGCCGAAGCUAGCGUAUUAGUUCACCACCUGGAAGAACAGCUGGUGGGAAGGGAUGGCGCUAUUCACAGAUUGAAAGAAUGGAUCAGAGAGCUGGAGUUCGAACGGGACCAGCUUAAAACUACAUGUCAAGAAAUGGUCCAGCAGAUUGCUGGUUCAGACUCUGACAUCUCAAGUUUACAAAACAGAAUUCAGGUUCAAGAAAUGGAGUACAAUCAGUUGAGGAGUUCAUUCGAGAAAUCAACAGAGGACAUCCUCAAAGUUCAAGAAUGUCUCAGAGCCAAAGAAGAAGAUUUGAAAAAUGUCUAUGAGGCUCACAGGAGGCUUAUGGGAAAAAAAGAUCAGGAUAUUAAUGAGGCACUUAUUAAGAUGGCAGCUCUGGGAAGCAGUCUGGAAGAUACUGAGACAAAACUGAAAGCCAAAGAAGAGGCGUUGAAAAGCUUGGGUGGGUUAUGUUCGGACUCUCAAGCAAAAGAAAUCGAGUCUGUAUAUCUUCAAUUAGAGACUGCAAAAUGUAGAAUUUCAGAGAUGGAACACUGUCUACAAGCAGAAGGCGGGGCUGUAUUUAGGGAAGAGUCGAAAAGAGAUGGUCUCAUGGAAGUUGUCCAUGAUGUGCCACUAGCCACUGCUGACAUAAAUGCUUGCACUCACUUUACAGAAAAAGAACAAGAGACAGGAGUAAAAAGACAGAGGAUACGAUUUUCCAGUAUUCACUGUCAGAGAUAUGCUCCUCUUGACAGCACUGAGAAAACAUGGACAAGUUGUCCUCCCCCUGAUACAAACCAGGAGCAAUCUUCCUCUGAAGGAAGCAUCUCGCCUGAAGUUACUGUUCCAUAUCAAUCUUCUGGAGCUAACGACUUGGAUAGUUGUUUGUCCAUUAUCCAUUCUAUCGAAAGUAAGCUAUAUCUAACAGAGGAAAAUCUGAAAGAUCUGACUCUAAAGCUGGAAAAUGAAAAGACCAGUCAUAAGGAGACCCUUUUGGCCCUUCACAAUCAGUGGGCAAAUGCUGAGGCCAGUCUUAGGGAACAGCUACAAACUAGUAUAUGUCAGGUCAACUCUAUGGCAAAACAAUUGGAAGAGAUGCAAAGAGAGAAAUUAAGUUGCCACUCGGAUAUGACCAGAAAAGAAAUUGUAUGUUGCUUAGAAGCUUGUGGUAAUCUUCAGAAAGAACUACAUGAAGCAGAUGAAUCAUACCCAACCUCUUACUCACUGCCCAGCAUUAAACAUGGUUUGUCUGGCAUAAUUAAUUCUUUACAAAAAGUUCUCAAUGAUUUAUCAGAUCCCGAAGAUCUGGAUAAGGAUUCCCAAGCAGAAUCUACAAUGCAGUCUCCUCGGGGUUCCAUGCACAGACUUUCAGAAAAAAUAAAUUUCCAGUCUCAGUUAAUAUAUAAAAUGGUGGAGUCCUUUAAAAAAACAACCUUUGAAACUAGUCCACAGGUUCCAGAAGGUGAGCAGAAGGCAAGUUUCUCUACAGAUUAUCUGGUAGAGAGGUUUGCAAGGAAAGUUGAGCUAGAAAGAGAUUUCUGGGAUAGGGUUGAUCAGCUUGGAAAAGCUAUUGCGGGGAAUGAAGGGGUGGUAGAUCCCGAGGAGUCCAGUUUAAGACUAAGUUCAAGUUCAGAUCUUCUCCAAACCUUGGCAGACAAUACUCUGCUCAAAGCAGAGCUUGCACUGGCCAUUCAGAAGUCGAAGGCUCUGGAAGUCGAUCUUAAGAAAGUGGAAGCUGCCCUUGAAGGACCAUCUGUGGAGGGCACAGGAACAAAGACUUCUGGAUCUCUGACGUUAGGAGUCACUGACUCUGAGCCAUAUAGCUCUGAGAACGCUAGCGUUGCAUGUUCAGAGGAGCUUUCUUUACAGUUAAAGGAAAAUGCAGAUAAACUAAAGAGAAUCUCGUGUGCCCUAAUGUCACUAUCGCAUUCAGAUUGUCAGGGAGCUAUUCAGACUCUGUUGGAAACACACCAACAAAUUUCUAGCUGUGUUCAGUCUAGCAGUUCUCUGCCAUUACUUGUACACGAUGCUGUCGUGCAGGCCCAGCUUUGCUAUGUUGCUUGCAAAGCUCGGCUUGAAUAUCAGAGAGAGUUGAGGAGGAAUAUGAAUGCUUUGUGCACGGCUCACUCUGAAGCUUUAUCCAAGGUCCAUCAAGACUACCAGGAGAUCCUACAUCAGAAGCAGAGUGAACUCUCAGAAGUUUUGGAAAGCGAAAGGAAUGCAACUGCUGCUGUAACCAAUAAGGCCGGAGAAGCAGAAAGAUUUCUCGGUGAAGCUGAAGCAAAAUUCAAAGAAACAAUGUCACAGCUUGAAAAUGAAUACAAAAAUGAGAUGCAGAACCUGAUGGAUCGCUGGAUAGAAAGGGAGAACACUUUGAAAUCGCAACAGCUCGAGGUGGAUGCUAAACUUCAAGCUUCAGAACGUGAGAGGAAAGAAGCAGAGAGGCUUCAUUGGGAGAAAAUCAAGCAAUUAGAGGCUCAGUUCCAAGAGCAAAUUCAGGAGCUCCAGAUCAUUCACAGAAAUGAGAUAAAAAUUUUGGAGGAACGGUAUACACAAAGCAUCCAACAACUUCAGGAUACGCUUGACAGCUGUCAAAGGGAUCAACCAUACGCCCAGACACCAGUGGACUCCACUGCUUUCAGUGUCGCUUCUGAUGAAGAAAUAGUUUGUAAUAUAGACUCCAUGAAUGUCCUCAAAGGUCGAAUUCUAGAACUGGAAUCCCAGAUGGACAGAAUGAGAGAGGAACUUGAACAGAGACAUCCAGAAGAAAAUAUGUCCUCCAUAAAGGAGAAAUACCAGGCAGACUUUGAGAACCUGAAGGUCCAGUUAGAUUACAUUAUUAAGUCUUAUUUUACUGUCAUCUCAUUAUUACUGUUUCUAACUCUUGAAGUAAUAGGGGGUGAUUCGUGAUGCCCUACACCAAACUUCUCAGACCCUUUC